AUGGAGAAUGUUAUAUUUGAUAUUCUCCCUUCCCCCUCGGCUCUGAAAGACGGAAGACAGGGCUGGAUAGAGGCAAGCUCUUACCAUGGCCGACCAGUAUAUAACGCAUCCACCCCUACGGGGGGCGAUCCUCUUCAAGUCGAUGUCAACGCCCAGUAUGCAGGUCUCGAAUGGAACUAUACGUAUAUCGUCUUUUGCGGGUUCAUUGUUUGGUUGAUCAUACCCGGAAUCGGUCUACUAUACAGUGGAUUAGCACGACGGAAGUCAGCUCUCGCCUUGCUUUUCCAAUCCAUGAUGGUUGUAGCCGUAACAACAUUCCAAUGGAUAUUUUGGGGAUAUUCACUAGCCUAUGCGCGGGACGCAAGCCCGUUCAUCGGGACAUUGAAGAACUUCGGCUUGAAGGGUGUGAUGGCGGCGCCGUCGCCUGGUUCAGCCGAUCUGCCCGAGAUUGUGUUCUGUUUCUAUCAGCUUCUGUUCUGUGCAUGCACAGUCAUGAUCGUAGUGGGCGGCGCCUUCGAACGAGGAAACAUGAUCCCCUCACUCAUCUUCAGCUUCUGCUGGGCAACCGUCGUCUACUGCCCGCUAGCUUGUUGGACGUGGAACAGCAAUGGAUGGCUAUAUAACUUACCCUCGCUCGACUUUGCUGGCGGCGGCCCAGUGCAUAUCGCCUCUGGCUGGUCAGCUCUUGCUUACGCCUUUGUCUUGGGAAAGCGCAAGCACCUCGAUCAACCAUCAUCCGCCAAACCACACAACACGACCCUAGUCUUCCUAGGCACGACCCUGAUCUGGUUUGGAUGGUUUGGCUUUAACGGCGGCUCAGCCCUCAACGCCAGCAUCCGAGCCAUGCUGGCGGCAUUCAACACCAACACGGCCGCCUGCACGGGCGUCCUAGGCUGGGUCCUCGUCGACUACAUCAAGCACCGCGGUAAAUUUUCGGUGGUCGGCGCCUGCGAAGGCGCCAUCGCAGGCCUGGUAGGAAUCACACCAGCAGCAGGCUUCGUCUCAAUCUGGCUAGCCGCCGUGAUUGGCUUCAUUACCAGCGUCGUUUGCGCCUGUCUACAAGAUCUGAACGAUUGGUUGCACAUUGACGAGGGAAUGGACGUGUUCAAGCUCCACGGCGUCGGAGGCAUGGUAGGAGCCUUCCUAACGGGGAUAUUUGCGUCACAGUCCAUCGCAGCGCUGGACGGUGUCACCGAGGCGACUGGGGGGAUUGAUGGGAAUGGUAUGCAGGUUGGGAAACAGUUGGCGGAGGUGUGUGCUAUUUCGGCGUAUUCAUUCACUGUCUCAUGUCUUCUGCUCUACAUCUUGAAAUGGAUUCCCGGCAUGCAGUUGCGUGUGCAUGAGGAGAUGGAAAUGGUUGGGUUGGACCAGGCGCAAUUUAUUGAUGAGCAGAUCGGGGAACGUGGGAUUUUGGAUGAUCUGUGCGGGUCACCCUCAACGGCUGUUAAUGAGGGGGUUGUGGUUUCAGAGAAGAGAUAG